AUGGCCGAGUCGUCGCAGUGGAAAGAGUCGCUUUCGCUUGAGGAGACCAACAAGAUCCGUAUCUCGUUGGGUCUCAAGCCCAUCGCCGACCCUACCACCUCGUCUACCGCCGAAGCGAAGCUCGACGGGGAUGCGCUUGCGGAGGACAACUACCGCAAGCGGCGCGAGGCCGAGCAGAAAGAGAAGGAUGCGGCGGAUCUGAAGAGCCGGAUAGACAAGGCGCGCAACCAGAAGGAGCGGAUGCGCAAGCUUGUUGGGCGGACUUUGGGCGAGGCCGACGAGGACGAGGCGGCGCGGGCAAAGGUGAAGAAGGAGGAGGGUGCCGCAGAGGACGAGGACACCAAGGCGUGGGUCAAGAAGCAGAAGAAGCGCGCAAAGGAGCUGGCGGCGAAGCGGGCGCGUGAGCAGGAAGAGGCGGACAGGCUCGCUGAGGAAGAGGAGCGCGAACGGGCGAACAAGUACGGCGAGGAGGACUUGGCAGGCUUGAAGGUUGCGCAUGACGCUGAUGCCUUUGGCGAGGGUGAAGACGUUGUCUUGACGCUGAAGGAUUCGCGAGUCUUGGACGACGAAGACGACGAGCUGCACAACGUCAACAUGACCGAGAACGCCAAGACGAAGCACGCCCUCGAGCUGAAGAAGAAGGGUCGGCAGGCGGGCCAGUACACCGGUCUCGACGACGACGAGUUCGACGGCGCUCCCGGUUCGUCCCGCGGCGUGCUCAACAAGUACGACGAAGACUUUGACGCGAUCAAGGUCGAUGGGUUCCAGCUUGGCGCGGCUGCACGGGCGAAGGGCAAGGGGCGCGCGACGGACGAAGCUGGACAGGAGGAGGGAGGACCGCGUGAAAAGGUCAAGCUUUCGAUGGACUACACGAAGUCCUUCACGAGCGAUUACUUGCAGGAGGGCGAGGCUGGUUUUAAGAAGCCCAAGAAGAAGAAGAAGCGCGCCGGUCGCAUCACAAGUCUCGCCGAGGAUGACGAGGCGCCGAACGGGGCAGCAAUGGACGUCGACGGCGCGCCUGCCGCCCCGAAGCGGAUUGAGCGCGCGUCACUCGACGAGACGAACCUGAUCGAUGACGACGACCUGCAAGCUUCCCUCGCUCGACAGCGGCGCGAGGCAGCGAAGCAGAAGAUCAAGGAGCUCAAGGCGCGAUCGGCUGCUGCGCCUCGACCAGCGAACGGCACGAACGGCGCGGCUGACGUCGUCAAGAAGGAGGAGGACGACGACGACGCGAUGACUUCGCUCUCGCGGCCUGCCGAUGCGGCGCAGGAAGAGGACGACGAGGGCGAUGUGCUCGUCCUCGACGACACGUCCGAGUUUGUCCGCAACAUAUCGCUUGCGGCGACAGCGGCUGCGGAGCGGGCAGAAAAGGAGGCGCAGCGGGCGCGGCAGCGGAGUGCGAGUGUCGCUGCGAAGCGGGAAGACGAGGGGAUGGCAUCGGUUGCGCCGCAGAUCAAGGCGGAGGAGGUGGACGAGCCGAUUGCCGAGCUGACUGAGGCACCUCGAGGAGGAUGGGCUCCUGCUCGUGACAACGGGGAGGAGGACGAGCAGAUGUACGAUCCCGAUGCGCCUCCCAUGCUCGGCCGCGCAGUGAGCGAGGUCUCCGAGGUGCCGACAACGACGGACGACGUCAAGCCCGACAUCAAGCCCGAAGACGAGGACGCGCUCGGCACGACCGGCGGCGAACAGCUUGUCUCGCGCGGUCUCGCCUCGACUCUCUCCCUUCUCCGGCACCAGGGCCUCGUCAAGCCUCGCACGCCCGAGGAGAUAGCACGCGAGAAAGAGUUCAAGGCGCGCGAGGCUUGGCUUGCGGCGCAGAGGCGGAGGGACAUGGAGCGCGAGCGCGAGCGGCUCGAGAGCAGGCGCAUGGGCGACAAGAAGGACCAGCAGCAGCGCGAGUACGAGAACCGGAUGCGCGACCAGCGCGACGCGCAGGCGACGCUCGAGGCGUACGCCAACUACAAGCCCGUCGUCAACCUCUCGUACCACGACGAGUUUGGCCGCGACUUGACGCCGAAGGAGGCUUGGAAGCAGCUCAACUACGACUUCCACGGACACGGCUCGGGCGCGAAGAAGAAGGAGAAGCGCCUGCUCAAGAUCGAGAACGAGCGCAAGCAGGCCGCCAUGGCUGCUGGCGACACGCCUCUCUCGACCGCUGCCGCCUUCGCCGCCCGUGCCGAGAAGACGGGUUCUGCGACGAUGAUUCUCGGUGUUGGCAACAACAACGCUGCGCCUGUCCAGGAAGAGACACUCGGCGGCAUCUCGAAGAUCGAGAAGAACCUCAAGGGCAAAGGCAAGCCCGUCGUCGCCCCUCCUCCUUCCUCUCGCAACAACCGCAACACAACUCCAGGCGGGUCGCAAACCGUCAUCAACGACAUCCCGAUGCGCCCUUUGCCGCUCUCAAGGGAAACGAGCGGGACGCCCGAACCUGGGCUGGUGCCGAGGAAGGCGGGCUUCGCGCCUGUCAGGAGUUUCUCGCCGGCUGUUGGGGGCGAGGCAAGCGGGACUGCGAGUGCGGAGGGCACGCCGGGACCGAGCGGGGGUUCGAAGUUGUCGAUUGCGGUGAAGCGGAAGGCGACGGGCGAGGGAGAGGGCAGUCCGGCGAGCAAGCGGAGGGCGUGA